AUGGCCACGGUCGCCCGCAAGAGACCCGCCGCCGUCCUCGCGACGACCACCAAAGGACCGGCAACGACGUCCCGCAAGAAGAGCCGCACCAGCGCCGAUCAGUACGAGAAGUUGGCCUGCCUUGGCGAGGGCGGCUUCGGCGUCGUCCAAAAGGCGCGCCACCGAGCCACCGGCAAGAUCGUCGCCAUGAAGCACCUCUCGUCGGCGGGAGCGGACGAAGCCCUGCUCCGUCGGGAGGCCCGUUUCCUGGAGACCUGCAACGGGAACCCCUACGUCACCGGCUUCGAGGGCCUCGUACGCGACCACGCCUCCGGAAACCUCUGCCUCGUAAUGGAGUACGUCGCCGCGCCGACCCUCCACACCCUCAUGUGGGACAGACGCCACAGCCCGCCGCUGCCGGAAUCAAGGGUGCGCGCCAUCAUGUGGAAGCUACUGACGGGGGCCAAGCUAAUGCACCACCGCCACGUUGUCCACCGAGACAUCAAGCCGGAGAACAUCCUCAUCAGCGAAGACUGCAAACUCGUGAAGAUCUGCGACCUAGGGCUGUCAAUGUGCAUGUCCGAAUCGCUGCCCUACAAGCUUGUCGGCACGGUGCCGUACAUCGCCCCAGAGGUCCUCCUGGGCAAGCCGGAUUAUGACGCGCUGGUCGACACCUGGUCGCUCGGGUGUGUGAUGGCCGAGAUGCUCACCGGCGAGACACUUUUUGAAGAAGAUGUUGACGACGACGACGACCAGGGCGAGGUCAACGAUGCGGAUCCCGUAGUCCCUCUCUGGGGUAUCUUCCGAGUGCUCGGCGUGCCAGACAGCCGAACGUGGCCGGAGUUCAAGUCCCUGCCGCUCACUGCCGAGGUGCUGCCACUGCUGCCGAAGGAGCAGAAGCGCAACAGUUUGCGGGACAUCUUCCCCGAACAGAAGCUGUCACAGCAAGGGUUCCAGGUGUUGCAAGGGCUUCUCACCUGCAAUCCCGAGAAGCGACUCACGGCGGCCAAGGCCCUCAAACUCCCAUGGUUCGCUGCUCCUCGUCCAUCGGCCGCCGCUGCCAAGGUUGAAGCAUUGCCAUUGCCGAGAAAGAAGACCCCGCGUUUCAUGGUUCCUCCUGCGGUACUGAAAUCACAACGGGUGUAG